AAUGUCCCGCCGGGCGCGGCCCGCGCCGCGCGCAGGGACGGGAGCGGCCGCGCCGUGAGGCAGCAGGCGCCCGGCGGAACCCGCCCGCCUCCCGCCCUGCGCCACCGGCCCGGCACCCGCCGACCACCCACUCCCGGCCGGCAAGGGCCGGUGCGGCGCGACUGCGCGGACGACAAGGGUCCUGCCAAGGGGGACGCGGGUGCGGAGUACGCCAUGCGAGCCCGCAAGAGGAAAGCUGAUGUGGGCACGUUCUUACAGGAUCCUGAUGAAGAAAUUGCCAAAAUGGAGAUGACUAGAAAAAAGCCGUGCGAAAAGCAGAAGUCCUGGACUAACAUCCACGAGCAUGCCCACAUGCUGAUUCCCACUCCGGAUAAAGACGACGACGAUCCCGUCCGUGUCGAUUACUCGCGCUUUAUCCAUCUGAGCGUUGUUCCCACCAGAGCUACCCCACUGCCAGCUCUAGGCUGGGCAAACAGGGAUGAUGUAUGGAAAAACAUGAUAAACAAAGAAGAGACCUACGUGAGGGAUAAAUUCUACAUGCAAAGGCACCCCCAGCUGCAGCCUAAGAUGAGAACCAUCCUUCUAGACUGGCUAAUGGAGGUUUGUGAAGCCUACAAACUUCAUAGAGAAACUUUUUAUUUAGCACAAGAUUUCUUUGAUCGCUUUAUGGCAACACAACAGGAUGUUGUAAAAACACUAUUGCAGCUUAUUGGUGUCACUUCUCUAUUCAUAGCAGCAAAGCUUGAGGAAAUUUAUCCACCAAAGUUGCACCAGUUUGCCUAUGUUACAGAUGGAGCCUGUACAGAAGAUGAAAUCAUCAGUAUGGAAUUGAUCAUUAUGAAGGCUCUUAAUUGGAACUUAAAUCCACUGACAGUUGUAUCGUGGCUAAACAUUUACCUGCAAGUUGCAUAUUUAAAUGAUCUUUAUGAGGUAAUGCUGCCACAAUAUCCACAGCAGAUAUUUGUACAAAUAACAGAGCUCUUGGAUCUCUGUGUGCUGGAUAUUGGCUGCUUGGAAUAUACCUAUGGAAUACUUGCAGCCUCUGCUUUGUAUCACUUCUCCUCAUCUGAGUUGAUGCAGAAGGUUUCAGGUUAUGAGUUCUGUGAGAUAGAGGACUGUGUGAAAUGGAUGGUCCCAUUUGCCAUGGCUCUGAGGGAAGUAGGAAGCUCCAAACUCAAACACUUUAGUGGGAUAGCUCCUGAAGAUUUGCACAAUAUACAGACACACAUCAACAGCUUUGAUUUGCUGGACAGAGCUCAAGCAAAACAAGCCAUAUUGGCUGAGCAAAAUAGGACUUCACCUUUCCCCACUGGUGUCCUUACACCACCACAAAGUAGUAAGAAACUGUCUUCUGGACUGCAAUCAAUCUGACUUUAGGAACUGUUGGUGGACAAUUUUGCUCAAGUGCCUGGUCUGCUGGUUUUAGCUCCUGCUCCAUUACAGAAAUGCUGCCAGUGAAGUUCAUAAGCUUUCAUGAAAUCUGAAAAGGAAACCUUGCUUUCAUCUGACAGAAGUUUUUCUAUUUGAAAUUGUUUUAUUGAAUGUUAAAGUAUUUUAAAGAAAUGGAUCAAGUACACCAGCCACUUGAAAGAACACUGAAGUGUGCUCCAGAUGCUGCUACGGAGGGUGAUGCUUGAUCAACUGUUCAGAAAAAGGGCUUGAAGUUUAAAUUAGUCACUGUGCCUGUUUGUCCUUUGGGUAAUCUGCAGAUUUCUCUCCCUUGUUGACAAAUGGGCAAAAAGUGCUGUGGAAGACAACAUUUCAAAGCCUCUUUUUUGAAUGGUUGGCUUACAACUUGAUGCCUUUUUAAAAACUCUUUAUUGUAAAAGCUGCUAUGUCUCUGUGUAUUCAUUUUUAAUAAAAAUGCUGUCUAAGACAGCUGGUUUUAUGUAUAUUUCUAUAUUUCUUUUAACUAUGAUCAGUUAAGGUUUUUUCAGACUGUGACCAUUAAUAAGUGUGGGAGUUGGGGAUGAAUAGUGUAAUAACUAUUGCUUUAUUUAUUUACCACUAUUGGCUUAUCCAUGGAAACUUUUUAUUUGGAUACUAAGGUGAAAUUGUCAUGCUGGUCUACUUGGAUUUCCUCUAGCCAGGUGCAGGAGGCUGGGGAGGGGAUAACAGACAUGACAAGUACGUGGGGAAUUAACACUCUGUAAUGAUCAGCUUACUGGGAAAUUCUUGAAUCAGGUUGUCUAGAUUGUUACCCUGAGGUGAUCAGUAGGAAAAGUCUACCUCUUCCUAAAAAGUCAUUUAAACAUUGGGGGUUUGGCACAAUAUUUGAUAAACAAUCAUGUGUGCAGAAUUUAAUUCUGGAGAGGUAUGUGCCUUGUUACAGGAAAGUCUUUGACUUUUGCAGUGUCUGAGGAUCACAGAGGUCCUAGUGGGACAUUUUCUGGAAACUCAUUGUUCUGGAGAGGAGGGGAGCACAGAAAUAAAUGGUUCUUUGUUUUUUGUGUGUUUUUUGGUGCUUAUUUUGAAGGACUGUUCCAUAACACUGAAAACUGUUGUGAGACUACCAGGGUUCCUCAUGUCCUGCUGCAGAUAACUUAAAUGCGACAUUUAAUAUUUCAGGGAGCUUCUAUUCUGUUGUUGGUUAGAUUUUUUUUUUUUUUUUAACAAUAGUUCCCAGUAAGGCUGCUUUUGAUUCUUUUAAGUUAUUCUACUAUUUUCUCUUCCCUGACCCAGUAUUCUGAUAAAUGUUAAAGCUUUAAUGUAAUAAAAAUGCCUAUGGUAAUUAAUGGUAAGCAA